UCACACCACCAACACAGUACUGCACUAAACACAGCUUCUCAUUUACCUCGACUCAGUUCCUUCCUUCCCUCCUCACGAUGGCCAACACCAUGAUGCUGCUCGCCCUGGCCCUGCUGGGAACAUGUCAGGCUCAACAGGGAUACUUGCCGGCGCCUCCCAGUUACUCCUACAACGCCCCAGACGUGAGGACAGCGACAACCGAGCUAGAACAAGACCCCAUAGCCGCCCUGGCCGCCCUCAUCCCCGGCGGCGGCGUCCCUGGUGAAGACUACCCGAUCCUGGCCUCUGUACCCGACACCGGCUUCUCCUGCGAGCAACAGGAGUUCCCAGGUUACUUCGCUGACACCGCCGACGAGGCCGGCUGCCAGGUCUUCCACAUCUGUCAGUUCGACGGCCGCCAGGACUCCUUCCUGUGUCCCAACGGCACCAUCUUCAACCAGCAGUACUUCGUGUGUGACUGGUGGUUCAACGUGGACUGUGCCGCCUCGGAACAGUUCCGUAGCCUCAACGCUGAGAUCGGCAAGAUCCCUGAAGACGCUUCCUCCCGCAGUGAUGUGGUGGCGCCCAGCCAGCUGUACGGCGCCCCCCAGCAGCGUCAAGCACCACCUCCUUCUCAGCUCUACAACAGCCCCAACAGGUCCUAAAUCAACUCCAGCCUCGGCAUAGAUCUACUACGGCUUCAACAGAUUCUAACUCGACUGUAACUUCUCUACCUAACACUCCCUCAGUAAGAGUAAACACAGGAACAUAUAUAUCAGGAGUUAUUUGAACUAUUUUCCAGUUUACACUUAGCUUAAGAGUUUGAGCUACUGCUGUACAAAGCUAUAUUGCUUAGAAUUUAUAUUUUUCUUAGAAUUUAUUUUGCUCUUCAUUGUUCUAUGUACAAAUAAUGGUAGAUUUAUUAUGGUAAUUUAUAUAUCCAGUCUUAUGUAGCUAUUUAUGUAUUUAAUUAAAUAUACGCAUGAUA